CCCCUCCCACGCGAUCCCGAUCUCUCGAAUCCUCUACCCGGCCGUGGCCUCGCCGCUUCGCGUACGACCUAGGGCUCCCGCUCGCUUCGAAGAUCCGGCGACAUGGGCGAGCGCAAGGUGCUGAACAAGCACUACCCGAACGACUUCGACCCGGCGAAGAUCCCGCGGCGGCGGCAGCCCAAUAACCAGCAGAUCAAGGUGCGCAUGAUGCUCCCGAUGAGCAUCCGCUGCGGCGCCUGCGGGACGUACAUCUCCAAGGGCACCAAGUUCAACUCACGCAAAGAGGACGCCGCCAGCGAGGCCUACCUGGGCAUACGAAUACACAGGUUCUACAUCAAGUGCACACGCUGCUCCGCCGAGAUCGCCUUCAAGACGGACCCCCAGAACUCGGACUACACGGUGGAGUCAGGAGCCAGCCGCAACUUCGAGCCAUGGCGCGAGGCUGAGGCUAUGGUGGACAGGGAGAAGAGGAAACGAGCGGCGGAGGAGAUGGGCGAUGAGAUGAGAGCGCUGGAGAACAGAGCCAUGGAUUCCAAGCGGGGUAUGGACGCACUCACCGCUUUAGAGGAGACGCUGUCGAUGAGGUCUAUACAUGCCCGCGUCUCCGCUGACCGGAUGCUUGAGAUUCUGAACCAUUCUUCUUGUAUUGCUCAUCAUCAAAAUUUAAAGGAGGGAAACACAGUACUAGCAGAGGAAGACGAAGAACUCGUCAGAUCAAUCACUUUCCGAAACUCGGAAUAUUACGUUAAACGGAUCGAAGACGACGAUGACAACGAGGAAGAUUUUGGGUCAGAGAUCAUCAACGAGUCUUCUGAAUCAAUGUUAGAUCAUCCAACAGAUGUCUUGGCCAAAGCUAAUGAUCCUGAGAGUUCCAAUAAAGAAGAAGGAAAGAAGAGCUUGAAAUCUAAGAUGCUCAAGUUCAUUGUAAAGGCAAAGCCCGCUGCUGCAAAUCCUCACAAGAAACACAAGAGUACUGAAGCUGCAGCUGUACAAGAUAGCGUUAAGGACAACAAUGAAGCUUCAGAAGAAAAGGCCAAUGUUCUUCAUUCACUCUUCCAGUAUGACAGCGAUGAAAGUGAUGACUGAAGACAGCGCUUCUUGGAGUUGUAACCGCACCGGAGGAAACAAGCCCCUGAGACAAGAUCAUGUCAUGUAACUCAAGUCUGUAAAAUCUCUGCUGUCACCUUUAAGACCGUCAUUAUCCUCUUUUUCAGAAGGAAAAAAACAGAGUUGUGUUUGAGAUAAAUUUUUAACAUUGACAAAUUCAGAGCAAAUCUUAUUAACCUGAGGGUAAAAACUUAAUAAGAAUUAGCCAAUCAGGUCGGCGCAUUCA